ACGCCAUUUGGAGAACUGCACUGCCUCAGCCUUAUGUGGAUGUGAGAAGGAUAUAAAAACAUUAAACUCAGCAAGAGAAACAGGAGACUCAUCUGAGCAGGCGGAGUUCUGAACGAGCAGCGAUGCUGUUUGAAAAGGGAGCUCUGCUAGUCUUCUGCUGCCUGACGGCGCACACCAUCGGCUCACCCCUCCACCCGACCUUAAGGUACGACCAUAAAGCUGCCUCCUCUUCAUCGUUCACAGUGCGGCUCCUUGCUGAAGAAUUCAGCUGUUUCCCAAGCACUGACUGGUCUUCUCCUCGCCAAAUCCCCACUGCACAGAGAGCAGAAAGACAUGCGGAUGCCAUCUUUACAAACAGUUACAGGAAGGUACUCGGCCAGAUUUCAGCAAGAAAAUUUCUCCAAACCAUUAUGGGAAAACGAAUAGGGUCCGGCAACACAGAGGACUCCAGACAUUUGGACAAGCAGCAGAACGGCCUCCACACAGAUGGCCGCAGACAUUACUACUCGACAUUUCUUGGGCAAACAUCUGGAUCCAGUGACAGCCUGACAACCUGAAGACCUUCCAAAAAGCUGCAGCUGUGGCUUCCAUUAACAUAUUGCCCACUUUUCUGAUUGUAAAAGAACACAGAACAAUUUGACAAUACUAAAUUUUACAAAUAAAAUCUCUUGUUGACCUCCAGUGUACAAGAAAUUCAAAAACCAUAAAGAAAAGCACCAUAAUCCUAAAUGCUAAUUUCUAAUGUUUUCAUUUUCAAAACUAUAUAGCUCUUUCCAUGAAUAAAGCCUGCAAUAGCAUUAGUUGUACGUGCAUGACCAACAAAUACAAGUA